AUGGAUCUCGACCAGUACGACGAGUUCGGUAACUACAUCGGCCCUGAAUUGGAGGGCUCAGAGGACUCGGAUGACGAUGAAGCCGCCAUAGAGGCCGCAGCAGCUGCAGACGCUGCUGCUGCUGCUGCCGCGGCAGCCGCUGGCGCUGCAGGAGGGGGUGUCUCUGCAGCUGAAGGCGACCUGGCUCGUCGUGGCUUAGUGCGGAUGGACGAAGAUGACUCUCAGCAGCAGCAGCAGAAGCCCGUGCCUCACGAGUUGAAGCAGUAUUACCCCACUGCCGCUGAGGUGUAUCCUGAGGCUGAGACGCUAGUGCAGGAGGAGGAUUUGCAGCCGAUUACGGAGCCCAUAAUAGCUCCGACUAAGGUGUCAGACUUUGAUUUGCUGGAGACACAGCUGCCCGAGACGACUUUCUCCUUCGACUACCUCGCCAGCCUCAUGCACACCCCGCACUGCGUGCGCAACAUAUGCCUCCUGGGCAGUUUGCACUCGGGCAAGACCACUUUCGUUGACAUGUUGGUGGAGGAAACGCACCCGCACCGCUUGCCCCCCGGGCUGUCGCUGCUGACGCAGCACGUGGACACCCCCCACGCGAACAAGAGGCACAAGACUUACUUCCGCAGGUACACAGACACCCGAGCCGACGAGCAGAAGAGGGGCCUCUCCAUCAAGGCUGUGCCCAUAUCCCUCGUGCUGCAGACCUCAGCGCAUUUUAGGUCACGCACCCUGAACCCCCAAACGCGCGCGGAAGCGCAGCGGCAGGAGGCAGCAGAGGCGACGGCGGAGACCGACGAGAACAACAGCAGCAACGGCAACAGCAGCAGCAACGGCAACAGCAGCAACAGCAGCAACAGCAGCAGCAGCGGGGAGGAGGCGGAGCCAUAUGUGCCUUUUGUGGGGCCGCGCAGCUUCCUAUUUAACAUUAUUGACACCCCCGGCCACGUCUGCUUUUCAGACGAAGCGAGUGCUGCUAUGCGUAUUUGUGAUGGUGCUGUUUAUUUCAUUGAUGCACUAGAGGGACUGCCUGCUGCUGGAGCUGCGCAGCUGGCGCAGGUGCUAGAGGAAGGGUUGGGGCUCGUGGUGGUGCUCAACAAAAUAGACAGACUCAUUUUAGAGCUCAGGCUCAGGCCUCAAGAUGCCUACUAUAAAAUUAAGUGCAUGCUAGACGAGUUAAAUGAGACGCUGGAGACGUUGUGUUCCGUGAGGGGCCUUCCUCGUGUGGUGAUAUCUCCUCGCCACAGAAAUUUGCUGUUUGCAAUGAGUCAGUUUUCGUUUGUUUUUACUGUGGAGUCCUUCGCCGCGCUUUAUUUCGAUUCCUAUGUAUUCAACCCCACUGCAGCAGCAGUGGCAGCAAAAGAAGCAGCAGCAGCAGACAACAGCAGAAGGGAUAAAGUCAGUCUCUUUGGGGGCGUACCCGUGCAGAAACUGCUCGAAGCAGAAGCGCUUCAGCAGCAGCAGGAUGACAGCAACAGCAGCAACAGCCGUCGGCGGCGGCAAAAGGAAUCUGAGGAAGAAACGCAAGACAGGAGCAACAACAACCCUGAUGACGUGUACACUCAGCUGGAGCUCUUUGAAAUUGCACUCUGGGGAGACUUCUAUAGAGAUCCAGAGACAAAUAAGGUUGUGUCUACCCCUCCUUUCCCGGAUGCACCUCGUAUGUUUGUUGAGUUCAUUUUGGAGCCUCUCUACAAAUUGCUGGCGCACUGCGUGGCAGAAGAGAGACCGACACUGGAGCCCACACUGGCUGAGUUGGGUAUAAAACUCAAGUCUGAAGACUAUUUGCUGGAUAGCAGAACGCUUUUGAAGAGAGUCCUUUCAGUGUUCUUCGGGGACUCGAGCUCGUUCGUUGACUGCGUGGUUGAGAAGAUAAAGGACCCUAAAACGAACGCCAUAACUAAAGUGCAGCGGGUCUACACUGGGAGCCAGGAGGGUGAAGUGGCAACUGCAAUGAAGGCUGUGGACAAGCGCAGCCCGUGCCUCAUGAUCUACACCACCAAAAAUUACCACCGGCCUGCCAACUACGCGGCCUUUGAUUUGCUGGGCAGAGUCAUGAGCGGCACAGUUUACAAGGGACAUAGAGUGUUGGGAGAGGCGUUUUCUCUUGAUGAUGAUGAGGACCAAUUGAUAAGAGAGGUUACUCACCUGUGGAUACCCAUGGGCAGGUACAGAGUUGAGGUUGACUGUGUGCCAGCAGGCAGUUGGGUCCUUCUGGGCGGCUGCGAUCUGUCUGUGAAGAAGACAGCCACCAUCACUUCUCUUGACCACCAAUGCGAAGUCGAGAUUUUCAGGCCGCUGCAGUUCAUAGCUGCCCCUGUGCUCAAAGGUUUGAGAAGGAUAGACAAGGCCUAUCCGAUAGCGCAGACAAAAGUGGAAGAGUCAGGUGAACACGUAAUUUGCGGCACUGGGGAGCUCUACUUGGACUGCUUGCUGCAUGACCUGCGAAUCUUAUACGGUAAUAUGGAGGUGAAGGUCAGCGACCCAGUCGUCAAGUUCUGUGAAACGGUAGUGGAAACCAGCGCCCUAAAGUGCUUCGCAGAGUCGCCAAACAAGAAGAAUAAGCUUUACAUGAUUGCCGAGCCCCUUGAGAAACGGAUUGCAGAUGAUCUCGAGAAAGGACACAUUAGCGACAAAUGGGACCAGAGGACUCUGGGUGAGCAUUUCUCUUCUCAGUACGGGUGGGAUCUGCUGGCGGCUAGGUCUAUUUGGGCAUUCGGGCCCUCAGCAAGAGGGUCUUGUGUACUACUGGGAGAGGUGUUCAACGCCGAGUUCCAGCGCCUUGUUUCGCAACAGAAGGGGGCCUUGCUGCCAUUUAAGGAAAGUGUUAUCCAAGGCUUCCAAUGGGCGACCAGAGAGGGCCCCUUGAUUGAGGAGAACGUGAAGGGCGUGCGCUUCAAGCUGGUGGAUGCAGAGAUAGCAAAAGAUGCAGUGCACAGAGGAGGGGGCCAGAUUAUUCCUAGUGCGAGGCGCGUGGCCUACUCCGCUCUGCUGCUCGCCACUCCCAGGCUGCUGGAGCCAAUCAUGUUUUCCGAGAUCCAGUGUCCAGCAGAUUGCGUCUCAGCCAUUUAUACAGUGCUUGCACGGAGGCGCGGCAAUGUAGCUCGCGAUAUGCCCAAGCCGGGAACCCCCCUCUACAUUGUGCACGCAUACUUGCCAGCCAUAGAAUCCUUUGGCUUCGAGACAGACCUCAGGACACACACAAGUGGUCAGGCAAUGUGCUUGACCGUCUUCGACAACUGGUCCAUAGUUCCAGGGGACCCUCUGGACAAGCAGAUUGUGUUCAAGCCGUUAGAGCCAGCGCCAGCUCCUCACCUUGCCAGAGAAUUCCUACUCAAGACGAGGAGAAGAAAAGUGGGCUGUGGUGGUGCUGCUGCUGCUGCUGAGGCUUUGGGUGCUGCCGCUUCUCGAGCUUUGGAGCUCUGUUUGUCUGCCGCUGUGCAGUUGAAGUACUGCUGA